CCAAGAAUUGGAAUCACCCAUGACAAGCAUGGAAAAAGCUUUUCUAAUCAGCAAAUUUAAAGAAAAAACACUGCAGAAAUUCUCUUGCCUCGCAUGCUAACAUAAUUUGGCUUAAUAGCUGCAGUUUAAGAAGUCAGUGGCAGUUUCCAACCCCCCCUCACAGUUACAGAUUACUACCUGGACUGGACUUGAGAGGGUGGUGGUCAUUGAGCCUUACAGUUUAUUUUUUGGGUCAUCAGCAACUUGAAAACAUACACAGGCUCCUGUGUGAACUUUUCAUCAACACAGACAGUUCACGAGCAUCACAUGAGUUCUCCAUCAUCUCCUGGUUAUUUGCCGCAGUAUCUCCUUGGCGGCAAUUCGCCGGCUGCUUCGCCCUUCCCAAGAGCAAGACCUUUGGGCUCUUCUAUAGGAUCAUACAAUGGAAGCCCUGGUCAGGCAGGAACAUUCUCAUCACCACGACAGUACCAGCAUCAAUUUGGAACACCACUUAGAUCCCAAGGACUUGGAAACAAAUUAGACAGGACACCUGCAAGAUCAUCUACUGUGGAUUGUACUCCGAAAGAUUCCAUCAGUGCACCUCCUGUUGAAGGACUUUACGAUGCGAGAAGUUCAGAUUUCACCAAUUCUCCUUUCAACAGAGAACAGCAAAUGGAUGUGACCAUGGCCACUGCUGUUAUGACAUCUGUUAGAAAGAGUUCUGGAUAUUCUACCCCAGGUGGUAAUGCCACAAUGUCUGGUGUAGAUUCACAACAUUUCAGUCCUCAGCAUGGCCCAUUGUCUUCACCAACACAGAUUGAUCCAUUCUACACUCAAGGGAUGGCGAUAUCAAGUGAUGACAUACUAGAUGAAUGCUGGGUAACAGUAUUUGGUUUCCCACCAGCUGCUUCCUCAUUUAUCCUGCAACAAUUUUCUCAGUAUGGUAACAUCAUGAAAAGUGUGACAUCCAAAGGGAACUGGUUGCAUCUUCAGUAUCAGUCAAAACUUCAAGCCAAAAAGGCUCUCAGUAAAAAUGGAAAGAUUUAUGGCAGUAACAUUAUGGUUGGUGUCAUGCCUUGUAUUGAGAAGAGUGUGAUGGAAACCUUUGGGAAAGAGAAUAUGAGCACACCAUUAUCAUCAAACAGGAAUGAAACCAUGAUGACAUCUCCAACAGCGAGUAAACCUGUUCCAGUGCGACCAUUGACUGCCGCUUACCAAGCAGCUCGAAGUGACCAUCAGGUUGUCUCCAAUGGAGCCAGGACUCCACAGAAAGAUGCAAACAUUGUCUCUAAAGCAAUGGAGUAUAUAUUUGGGUGGUGAAUGAAAGGAUCUAAAAUUCAGCAUAGAUAUUAUCUAUUUCAAAAUUAUUUCAGAAUUUGCCAUGCAUGUGAAACUAGGUAACAGAUGUGAUACUAUUGUUAUAGGAAGCCAAACUAAUUUUAGAGCUUAAAAAGGAGUUUGAAAUAUAAAGAUCCAAAGAAUACAGAACAAAUUAAUGCCUUGAUGAGGUUUGAGGAAAUUCUUUUGAAGAACAGUAAAAAGAGAACUAACAGAAAGGGUAAGUUUUUGAUCUGGACUGGCGUGUGGCGUAGAUAAAUGGUAAAUAAGUAGAUGAACACAAGUCCAGAAACUGGAUCCUGGAACAAACCUUUCCUGUGUAAGCAUCAGUGUUUAUUCUGCAAUGUUUUUAAGAAUACUGACAUUAAUAAAGUCAAUUAGUCACAUAUUCAGAUAUAUGAUAAUAAACUUUUUUUUUGUCAUGAUGAAUGUCCAACUUUCUGUGAUAAACUUGGUACUAUGAGAAGAGGUUUUUUUUGGAAAUAACAGCAAAUAAAAUAUUUUUCACAAAGCCUA